AUGUGUCACAUGACACGUACAUGUAAUUUAAUCGUGUGUGUAGUUAGUUGUGUGAGGAAUAAAGCACGAGGACGAAUAACAUCAAAGUCUCUAUUUAUUGUGGAUUCUGCGGACACAACAGUCACAAGCCCUAAUCAGCUGCGUGAGAUGAUGGAACUUGACUACAAUGAGCUGAAACAUUGUCGCAAAAUACGCGGGACAGAGCAAGUAGAAUCCAUUGAAGACAAACGCUUUAUAGACAUACUGACCGAGGGAAUACACAAGACCUCCAAUGGUAACUGGGAGACACCACUACCUUUCAAGACAGACGAAGUUAUUUUGCCAAACAACAAGAGACACUGCCGCAAAAGACUGUUAUCUCUGAAGAGAAAGCUUAUCAGCGACGAAAAAGUGAAGUCUGAUUACUUGGCCUUUAUGCAGAAAAUCCUCGAUCGUGGUCACGCAAGCCUCAUCCCUCCAAACAAGUUGCACACAGAGCCUGGCAAAGUAUGGUAUUUACCGCACUUUAAUGUCUAUCACCCCAAAAAGCCAGACCAAAUCAGAGUCGUGUUUGAUUGUAGCGCGGUCUACCAGAACGAAUCUCUGAACCAACAUCUACUACAAGGCCCUGACCAGCUGAAUUCUUUGAAACUAUUUGAGAUCCCUGUGGCUCGAGAACAACGACCUCUCUGGUCCAAUACUGGAGUACAGAUGGACGUACACCUGUUUGGUGCGACGUCUUCCCCAGGAGUGGCCAACUUCUGCCUACACCAAACAGCAGAUACAAACAGGUCCAAGUACGGAGAUGAAGCAGCUAAUUUCCUGCUGAAAGACUUUUAUGUCGACGAUGGGCUAACGUCCGUCCCUACGACUACUCAAGCCAUCAAAAUCGUACAAGAUGCCCAACAAAUGUGUGCAGCCACGAACCUUCGCUUACACAAGUUUGCAAGCAACAACGCUGAAGUUUUAGAAGCUCUACCAACCGAGGAUCGUGCUAAAGACCUCAAAGACCUAGACCUCCGUAAAGACAACAUCCCAAUCCAAAGAUCUCUGGGCACCUAUUGGUGCAUAGAGUCAGACACUUUUGGAUUUCGGAUUGAGCUGAAAGACAAGCCCUUAACUCGCCGAGGUAUACUUUCGACAGUCAGCUCUGUUUAUGACCCCUUGGGUGCAGUAUCUCCAGUAAUAUUGGUCGGGAAGCAGAUUCUUCAAUCGCUUUGUCGCAAGAACACUGAUUGGGAUGACCCGGAACCUGACGACAUAUUGCCCCAAUGGGAGAAAUGGCGUUCACAGCUACCGCUCCUAGAGAACCUUAAAUUCAAUCGAUGUCUAAAACCACCAGGUUUUGGAACCCCAGUAUCCUCUGAGAUUUAUAGCUUCUCUGAUGCCAGCAACGCAGGUAUCGGUCAAGUCUCCUACAUACGUUUCACAAAUGAAGAGAACAAGCACCAUGUUAGCUUUCUUAUGGCCGAGUCCAGAGUCGCACCAUUAAAGCCUGUCUCUAUACCUCGGCUAGAAUUGACAGCAGCAGUUAUGUCCGUCAACGUAACUUCAAUGCUCACAAGUGAAUUAGACAUCGUAGACAUAUCCUCGACAUACCACACCGACUCGGAAAUCGUGCUUGGAUACAUCAACAACGAAGCCCGACGAUUUCAUGUAUACGUUGGGAACAGAGUCCAACACAUUCGAGACCGUAGCUCCCCCGACCAGUGGCAUCACGUUGCAGGGAAAGACAAUCCAGCCGACGAAGCCUCACGUGGACUAACUGCCCAAGAGCUCAUAGAAAACCACCGCUGGUUCAAUGGCCCAGAUUUCUUGCAGCAAUCAGGGCCAACUGUUCCAAACGAACAGUCUGACUUUGAGUUGGACCCUAGUGACAGUGAAGUUAGGAAACGUGCGGCAGUUUCAUUGUCUACCAACACCAGCGAGCAGAGAUUUUCAGAAACGCUGGAGGCAGCCCGUUUCCAACAUUCUUCUUCACUGGAUCGACUCGUUCACGCCAUAGUACGGAUACAAAGAAUGAUUGAAAGGCGGAGACCAAACAAGAAGUACAACUGGCGUCCAAAGGAAGGUGCGCCAUUGGUCGAAGAACUACAGCAAGCCAAAUUAGCGAUAGUGAAAUGUGUUCAACGAUCCAAUUUCCAACCCAUUAUCGACACGCUAUCUUCAUUAGAUGGCAACGAAACCAAGUUCAAGAAUCGUAGCAACGCACGCAAAAGAAAUGUUACUAUGAAACCGACCAGCAACCUUUACAAGUUAGAUCCUUUCCACGAUGACAAAGAUAUCAUCAGAGUCGGCGGACGACUAAAGAACUCAUCGUCCUCCUUCGAGAUUAAACACCCAAUCUUAAUGCCCAAGAAUGAUCAUGUGACCACUCUUCUUGUACGCCAUUACCACCAUGGGGAGCAGCACCAAGGUUACGGCAUCACCCACAACGCCAUUAGACAGGCAGGCUUCCAUAUUAUCAAUGGUCGCAGUGUCGUCUCAAGCGUCAUUGCCAAAUGUGUUCCAUGUCGCAAGAUGCGUGGAAAAUUCCAGGAACAAAAGAUGUCUGACCUCCCUUCUGAACGUGUGGACCCCUCGCCUCCCUUCACAUACAGUGGGAUGGACGUCUUUGGUCCAUUCAUGGUUAAAGAAGGACGAAAGGAGCUGAAACGAUGGGGGCUAAUAUUCACCUGCUUAGCAUCAAGAGCCAUCCAUCUUGAGACGCUGAACACCAUGUCCUUAGAGUCCUUUAUCAACGCUCUACGUCGAUUUAUAGCUCGAAGAGGCAAAGUCCGCCAAAUCAGGUCAGACCAAGGCACAAACUUUGUUGGUGCGAAAAACGAGUUAGUAGCGGCAUUGGACGAACUUGAUCGAGAGCCAAUCAAGCAGUUUCUGUCAUCUCAAGACUGUGACAUCAUUGACUUCAACAUGAACGUCCCUCAUGCAUCUCACAUGGGUGGUAUUUGGGAACGUCAAAUACGCACCACACGCUCAGUUCAUACGUCUCUCUUACAAGAUCGCGGCACCCAGUUAGACGAUGAAUCAUUCCGUACGUUACUUACCGAAGCAGAAAACAUUGUUAAUGGCCGACCACUCACGGUUGAAAACCUUGCAGACCCGUUAUCAGGAGAACCACUGACCCCAAACCAGCUGUUGACCCUGAAAACGCAAGUCGUCCUACCGCCACCUGGAAGGUUUGACACCCCAGACCUCUACUCAAAGAAAAGAUGGCGUAGAGUCCAAUACCUAGCCAACCAGUUCUGGCUACGAUGGCAGAAGGAGUACUGUUCGCAAUUGCAAAGACGACAACGCUGGACGGACUACAAGAGAAAUAUGGAAUCGGAGACGUCGCGUUAG